AUGACAUCAGAGUGCGCCGCCUCCACCUUCGCCCUCGCCAAGAACAGCGUUGGGGAGGCUUGCACAGACAUGAAGCGGGAGUAUGACCAAUGUUUCAAUCUCUGGUUUGCCGAGAAGUUCCUAAAAGGGGACGGCUCUGGGGACCCAUGCACCGACCUCUUCAAGCGCUACCAACAGUGUGUUCAGAAAGCAAUAAAGGAGAACGAGAUUCCUAUUGAAGGACUGGAGUUCAGGGGCCGUGGCAAAGAUAAGCCUGAAAACUCUUCUUGA